AUGUCGUCGCCGCAAGAGAUCCCGGUUCCACCAGCUGUCAUUGCCAUUGGUUUGAUUGGAUUCUUGAUUGCCCUUGGAGCUAUCCUUCAUUCCAAGAACAAGCAGAAUGUAAAGGUCAAGGUUGCCUUUGAUAAUAUUCCUUCCACUCCCAAGUCUAAUGAUACUACUACCGGUACUGAUAGUAGCACUGGUAAUGAUGAUGCUCCUUCCACCCCACCAAGAAAGGACAGCACUUCGACACCCACUGACAAAAAUACUGGAAGUAUUCAGACCCCUGCCGGACGCCGUUCUGCCAGACUCGCAAAGCGACGAAAGGAAGACUAA